GUUUGUUGGUGGGUAUGGAUUUUAUGCUGUUGUUAAGUGCUAUAGCACUAUGGACUUGUGCAAGUUUGACAGGUUCCCUCCAUGCCCACGCGGACGCCUCAGUCUCGGCCCCCGUCAAGUGCGGCCUGGGCUCGUUCGCGUGCAGCGAUGGGCGCGAGUGUGUGCCGUACGAUCACGUGUGCGACGGGGAGCCGGACUGCGCGGAUGGGUCCGAUGAGGAGGCCUGCUCGGAGCAGUGCGCAGAAGGACAGUUUCAGUGCGCCCACGGUCUGAAGUGCAUUGACCAGAGUGAAGUGUGUGAUGGAACGGCUCAGUGUCAGGACCGUUCUGAUGAGCAAAACUGCUGGCAGCCCUCGGAAAGCUGUGCCCAUCGUUGUGAUGACAACGCCCGCUGCUUGCCAGCAUCCUUCAUCUGUGAUGGGGAGAAGGAUUGCCUGGAUGGGACAGAUGAGGCGGAAUGUGAAAACAUGAAGUGCCGCAGCAGUGAGUUUCGUUGUGACAGUGGCAAAUGUGUUGCCAUGGCUGCACGCUGCAAUGGACAAGUGGACUGCAAGGACGGUUCGGAUGAGAGGGGCUGUGCCGAGACCCUGGCGUGCCCCGGUCAGCAGCUCUGCCCAAGUGAUGGAAAGUGCCUCCCGGCAACAUGGGUGUGUGACGGUGAGAGUGACUGCAAGGAUGGAGCUGAUGAGAAGGACUGCCAAGUGGCUGAGGUGACAUGUGGCAAGUAUCAGUGGGCCUGUAGCUCUGGUGUGCAGUGUGUCCCAGCAUCCUGGAGAUGUGAUGGAGAGAAGGACUGCAAUGACUACAGUGAUGAAGAAGGAUGUGUACCACACAGCUGCCCUUCCCACCAAUUCCAGUGUGGUACUGGAGAGUGUCUGGACCUAGCACUGGUGUGUAACAAGACUUCUGAUUGUCCUGAUGGGUCUGAUGAGGGUGAGGGAUGCCUCACUGCCAUGUGCUCCAGCCCAGACAGUCCUCAGUGUACCCACAACUGCUACAGCACCCCCCAGGGCCCAAAAUGCAGCUGCAAGGUUGGCUUUCAGCUCCAGGCUGAUCAGAUGACCUGCACAGAUACUGAUGAAUGCCAAGCGCUUGACCCUGUCUGUAGCCACACCUGUCAGAAUACCCAGGGAUCCUACUUGUGCCUGUGUCACCUUGGUUACUUGCUGGAACCUGAUGGCCACACCUGUAAAAUUACAGGGGAGCCUUUCCUGCUGGCUUCAGUGCAACAUGAGCUUCUCCUCCUUGACCUGAGGAAGUCGAACCUGGAAGUCAUUCCCACAGGCAGCGAGACUCUUGUGCUGUGGGUGGACUAUGACUGGAAAGAACAGAAGGUGUUCUGGGUCAACCUGGAUGCUGAAAGCAUCAAGUGGACCUUUCUGAACAAGAGUGACCAGGGCACUGUUGUCAAAGGUAUCAGUCCAGACUCAAUUGCUAUGGACUGGGUUGGACGAAACCUGUACUGGAUUGAUGGCCUCAGGGGUCAGAUACAUGUCAUUGCACUUGAUGACACAACCCAGAACUCCACCAUCCUUCUGGAUGAGGACCUGGAUCAGCCAAGAUUCCUUGCACUAAUGCCACAGAAAGGGAUGAUGUUCUGGUCUGAGAUCGGCAGCGAGCCACAGAUUGAGCAAGCAGGGAUGGAUGGCUCUGAGAGGCGGGUGCUGAUCCGAGAUGGCCUCAGCUGGCCAGGAAGUCUGGCUGUGGACUCCCUAGAUAGCAGAAUCUACUGGACAGAUGAAAAGCUCCGCUGCAUUGGAUCAGCCACAUUGGAUGGGGAGGACAUCAGGAUCCUGCAGCUGAUGGAGACUCCUAGACCCUUCUCCAUAGCUGUGUUGGAUGAUGCAAUCUACUGGUCAGACACUGAAAAGAGGACUGUGCAGGCAGCCAACAAACGCACAGGCAAAAACCGAGAAACGCUGAUCAAGCAAACGGGACAGCCAUUUGGACUGAAGAUUGUCCACAGUCUGCUGCAGAAGGACAUCCCAAAUCCAUGUGCAAUCCUCCAGUGCUCCUACCUGUGUGUGCUGGCCUUGGGGCCCAGGGGUGUCUGUCGCUGUCCUUCUGGUCAACUGCUGGCUGAGGAUGGACUCACCUGCUUGACCCCCAAAGACUCUCCCUUCAUCUUGCUCCUGUCCCCUACCUCUGUCACCCAGCUGUACAUGCAGAGCCUGCAUAGUGGGCUGGGGAUAAAGCAGUGGCCAGACCACCGUGUGCUGUCACUGCCUGGUGUGAAUGAGGCCACAAUGCUGGAGUAUGUGCACAGGACCCAGGAACUGUACCUGACAGAUAAAGGACAGUCAAUUGUGGAGUGUUUCAAGCUGAUGGAGGGGAUGCUGGUGGCAAGUGACCCAGCUGUCCAGCUGCAGGAGGGGGAUGCGGUUGCAGCAUUUGCAGUAGACUGGAUCACGCUCUCAUUGUAUUGGAGUGGCAGUCAGAAACCACGCCUGCAUGUGACUUCAGCCUCUGGCAUGUACACCACUGUGCUGCUGGAUGACCUGGGGACCCCUGGGGGCAUUGCCCUACACCCCCCUUCUGGCAGGCUGUGUUUCAUAGAUCUAGGGCCACCAGGUCACGAGGGUCCUGCUCAGGUUCAGUGUACCUAUAUGGAUGGCCGUAGCCGCAAUCUCAUCUGGGACAAAGCCCUGAAGCCCAUCUCCCUGACCUUCUCUUCUGAUGGUGACAGGCUGUAUUGGGCCGACUCUAGUGUCAUUGGCUCAGUUUCCAUAGAUGGUUCUGGAUACUUGGAGUUUAAAACCCAAGGCAGUUCAGUCAAGUCUUUGUGCAUCAUUGAUGACGUGCUGUUCUGGACUACACUAAAUGACAUCGUAAAGGUGUGGUACCGCAAGGCUGAAGAGCCUGAGCAGCUGUGGCUUGUAGUGGAGAGUGACGUGGUUGCUAUGAAAGCCUAUAGUGAGGAUCUGCAGAAAGGAACCAAUGAGUGCUCAGUUGAAAACGGGGGCUGCGGACACCUCUGCCUGCCCUUCCCUGGUGGACGCACCUGCAGGUGUGCAUGGGGCCAUCUCUCCAUCAAUGAGACAGACUGUGUACCUGUACAUCAGUGCCCCCCAAAUGCCAAACUAUGUGGGGAUGGCAACACCUGCCUCCCAGUUGCCAAGUUCUGUGAUGGCCAUCCUGACUGCCCUGAUGGCUCAGAUGAGAACUGUGUGGAGGAUCGGAAGAAGCCUCUUGGCCCAAUCCUGGUUGUGCCUAGCACCAGCCUACCUGUACCCUCCACCACACUAGUCUUGCCCACCCCUAUGGAUGAUGCCCUCUUACGGGAACUUGAUGCUCAACCCUGUGAUGAGCAACUGUGUGGGGGCCAUGGCAAGUGUGUGGUUAUGCCAGGCAGGGGCUCGGUCUGUGAAUGCCAACCAGGCUUCAGCGGCGAGUUUUGCCAGGAUCGUGCUGGGCUCUCUGUUCAGGCACUGCUUAUAUUUGUAGGCAGUGCCUUUGCAGCUAGCGUUGUCGUCAUUGGUGCCAUCAUCCUGGUCGUCAGGAAGAGGAAACAGGUGAACAAAAGGAGAGGGCGAGCACUUACCAAAGAAACUACGCAGACAGAAAUGACAACCCGAGCAGAGCAAUCCUCAGUCCAUGCACCCCUCAACGAGAACCCAGAGGAAUCACCAUCUGCGGAAUAAACAGUUCUCUACAACUGGAUGGCAGCAGUUUUUGUAUUUGCAAAAAAAAAUAAAAAUGUGUGAC